AUGAACAACCCCGCUGGCGUGCCGAUGUAUGCCUUCAGCAAUCCCCAAGCGGGAGGGCCGUUUCCCAUGUCCCCCGGGCCACCCUUCGCCAACGCCCAGACGCCAUUUCAACCAUCAAGCAUUGUACCAAACCACCUGCAAAGAUUAUCCCACCCUCCGCAAGGUCAACAGCCAGCACCACAUAACAUCUAUUAUCAACAACAUCCAGGAGAAGGUGCUCCUCCACAACCGGAAAGCGCCGCCACCCAUAGCACACCGAACCAAGGAUAUUUCUCCAAUGGACAGUCACCCGUCUCGAUGACCCAGACACCGAACCAAACAUUCCAUCCUACCCAUUCUCAGGUGCCUACAGGCGCUGUUCAAUCACGAGCCCCUUCGUCCGUACCCACGGACAUCAGUAUGACCUCACACAUUGGAGUCCAGGGGCAAUCCAGCGCGAGCCUCGCGCAGCAAGCGCAAAUGCAACAUGCGGCACAGAUGGCGCGCUCUGUUCCACAACAACAACCCCAGCCGGGCGCGGGACCGUCGCCGUUGUCCCAAUCAACUUCUCGGGAGCGCGCGAGGGUUUCCAUCCUCUUGGAGAUAAACACACAUUUGCUGCAGGAAGUGGUCUCACUACAAGCCCAAGGGAAAGCAGGAACUGCCCCGAACCCAGGACAGCAGUCGCCCACAUCACCUACGUCGACCGAUGCCGGCAACGCCUUGGCUAACAGCCCCGGCGAGCCGCCGAAGGGCGCAAGCGGCGCAGGCGCAACUCCCUCCAAACCGCCCUCGCAGGAGUAUGCAGAUUGCAUGCGUCGUUUGCAAGCCAAUCUCGCUUACUUGGCUGCGAUAGCGGAUGCAAAGAAGAAAGCCGGAACAUUACCCUCUGGCCCGGCGAUUAUGAUUCCACCUCCUCACCUACCACAAGUUCACGACUUGUAUAAGAAGCUGAACGCCCUAUUCCCCGAAGCUGGCCACUCUGCCGUCAAUAAAGCAGUUGCGUAUGCUGCAGGACAGAACCAGAGUCAGAACCCGAACGCCAAAACUCAGCAACCUCCUUCGGUUCCCCCCCCAGGUUGA